AUGGUUUCUGCUACCAUCGCAUCGCCGACCAUGCUGCCGUCUUUGACAGACGAUGCCAUCUUCGAGAUACUCUCAUGGGUGCCGGUGAAGCCUGCGUGCAGACUCCGCUGCGUGUCCAGAGCGUGGCGCGCUCUCAUCUCCAGCCCGGCAUUCCUCACCACGCACAAAAGCCGCGUGGAGCCGCUACUCCUGUCAGUCACCACCUCCUCGCCCCCUGAAUUCAACAGCACCUUGCGGUUGAUGGACAUAGACGGCAACAUCAUACGAGUGAUCGAGAAGCCAGGUUUUUGGACGAUCAAGGACAGCUCACACGGCCCUGUCUGCGUCUGCAUCGCCAACUAUGAUGUCAGCGUGAUAGAUCUGGCCACUUUGAAUGUGGUGAGGACCUCUGCUGAGUUGAACCACGAAUCGUUCUGCAGCCUCAACGUCGGUUGUGCUAUCCCGUCUCGCAAGUACAAGGUAGUUUGCCUCAUGAGCAAACAUGAUCCCUGUAAGAUUCUCACAUUAGAAGAUGGCGCCAAGUGGAGGCAGGUGAAAUCUGCUCCAACUCCGCCCCUACUCACUAACGGCUAUAAUCUUGGCUCCGCGGUCACACUCAAUGGUGUCAUGCACUUCUUAUACAAGGUCGCGACACCGCAGGUGGACGAUUACUAUGUGCUCGGCUUUGAUCUUGAAAGUGAAUUCAAUAAACCUAUGCCUCAUAUGGGUCCUGACUGA